CUCUCUGAUGAGCCGCACGACCGCAGAGACUUCUUUCCACCAUUUCUGCGAGAAGUUUUCCGAGGGCCUCUGGGACACUUGGAACACCCACACCGGCAAGGAGGGUUACACGUCGCUGGUGGUGGAGUGCACGUGGGGCCAUUCCGGCCGCAUCAUCGCGGCAACCAAGACUUACCCGGGAGCCGAGAACGACAAGACGGUCAUCGCACGGGACAAGUUCAUCUGGCGAAUACGAGAUGAGGAGCCGUGGAAGNCCGGCAAGGAGGGCUACACGUCGCUGGUGGUGGAGUGCACGUGCGACCAUUCUGGCCGCAUCAUCGCGGCAACCAAGACUUACCCGGGAGCCGAGAACGACAAGACGGUCAUCGCACGGGGCAAGUUCAUCUGGCGAAUACGAGAUGAGGAGCCGUGGAAGAGCUACAAGUUCAAGCUCUACAACGCCGACGGCACGGAGACGGAGUGCACAGGGGCGUGGAUCAUCGUGGACGGGGGAUACCCGAAGAUCCCGCUUCUGAUCCCACCGAUCAAGACGCACAACACCGUCGAGGAGCAUGGUUGGAGCAGGCGGUUGGAGAGCAUGCGCAAGGACAUCGAGUGUUGCUUCGGCAGAGUCAAGGGGCUCUGGAGGCUUUUCGGUGGUGACAUCUUGUUCUCCACACGACCGAAGGUUGACAACGCAUGGUUCACCGCGUGCAUCCUCCACAACAUGCUCCACAGCUUCAACCGCCUCGACGAGAUGGAGGAGGACGCCGAUUGGAUGGGGUCGGCAGCGAGGUUGAGGGAGGCGACGGCAGUGGGGGUGGCCAUGGACGUGGACGAGGAAAGCGAGCCUCCUACUUCCGGCUUCGAAGAGUUUCGCAGGAAGCUCAUCGCGCACUUCGCGUGCGCGUGGGAGAAGAAGGAGAUUUUGUGGUUUACGAGGGCGGAGGUUUAGAAAAUACGUGGUACAUGUAGUCGGUAAGGUAUGGGG